AUGAACGGGUGGGAAACUGAGCCAGAGGAUGUGCUGGGCAGUGCUGCUGCGGCUUCACUGCCUACACCAUUCGACACGCCAUACAGGACACCAUCUAGGGGCUCGAGGCGAUCGCGGAGGUCAGGAACACCAACCGAAGUUAACUCAUCGCCUCCUCCACCAUUACCGUCAGAAAGAACAGACAAGCAAUCGAAGCGUGGUUCAAGGGACGUGAUCAUGGACGAAUCCGUUAGCAUACUAGAUCCUCGCCGUUUCACGCCAACACUCCAUGCGAGCCUGGUUUCAGAAAUUCUUACUUUGCGAAGAGAUCAGGAGGAGAAACUCAAGUUCAUCGAAAGCCUAGAGGCGACGCUUCACACCGCGCGAGAGGAACAAGAGUCUUUACAGGAUAGUCUUCUAAACACGGCGAAAGAGAGUAGGUCAUUGAAGCGUCAACUAGCUUUACUUGAAGGGGGCACUUCUUCAGCUCUAGGAGAGUUGGUACGUGAGCGUGAUGAGGCCACUGAGGCCAUUACGGAUGCGAAGAGGCGCCUUGAGGUCGCCCAGAAGAAGGUCCGUAGUCAAGAGGAAGAUUCGGAAAAAGUGCAUGAUCUUUGGGCAAAAGAAAAGGAUGAGUGGCAGCAAGAACGCCGAAAAUACGAAAGGAGGCUACACGCAGCCGAUACGCGGCUUAAGGCUAUACUUGAGGAAGUAGCGCACUUUCAGGCUGCACAAGCCAAUAGCCACCAAAGUGAGGCUGACGGUGAUGAUGGCGCGAGAGACUACGAUGGCGCCAGUGUCAGGACAAUGAGUCUGACAAAUAGCUUACGAUACUCUGUUAUUCCCAACAAGACAACUGGGCAAAGUCUUGCAGACGAGCUCAAUUUUGAAGACGACGAUGAGUAUGAGACUGACCCCGAUGGCCGGCAGAGUGUCAUGUCGAAUGCACGACACAUACGAACCCAGAGUCGAGAGAGUGUACUUUCAAAGACAGGGCCCAGAUCACACCGCCGUAAUAUGAGCAGUGAUAGCCAGAUGCGGCCAGGAAGUGUUGCUCGUGGACGGUUUAUGAACCAAACCGUCCUUGAUAGGCUUGAAGGCGGGAUCCGUGAAGAUGAUGAGUACCCUCCUGCUCCGAAACGCGAGUACAAAGAUACCGGGGUACAGUUCUCUCCUCCGCCGUCACCAAAGUUAGUACCCGUGAAGCCAGCAACGCCAGAGCCCGCUGCCAAGUUCGAGAAAUCUCCCGAUUUCGAAAGUUCCCCCCGGAGCGAAUGGGAAGCGAAUCAAAGCAGGAAGCGAGUGCAUAUAAACAGGCCUGCGCCGAUUGAACCACCCAGCCUGGCCAAAUUGAUGGUCUCCACCGGCUCACAAACGCCAACUGAGCCUAUCAGUCCUCCGAGAACACCUUCGAUUCCAUUGCAGGUCGUCUCAUUACCGACUGUUGAGGUCAAACCCGCUGCACACGAGAUGGUCAGCUCAAGCACACAGACUGACAUACCUCCACCUCUCGAUCGCCCCAAGCCGGCCGAGCCACUCCUUAUCCCCAGCAUCAGUGUCCAUCCCCCGACGUCCCGGCCUACGACACCCCGAAACCAUCGCUUGCCACAGUACGUCAAGGACUUUGGCUGCCAAGUAUCCAUUAUAGACCCAAAACCGACAAAGUCUGCGGGCAUCCAAACUGACGAGAUUCGUGUUGACACACGCCUCGACAAACUCCCACCGCAUCUGCAUCCUUCGGCAAUAUCAUCUCGUCCUGUGUCGCCAAAUGUGGUAAUAACAAAUGCCGAGGACAAGAGUUUCACACCUGUCCCUGGACACGUACCACCUCGUAACCCCAGGCGGCUGACGACCAGACGAAGCUUCACUUCCGAAUUACCCUCGUCACCACCUGCUUCCCCUGGUGUGACAGACAUUGAUACUCGUGAUGCGUACCCUGGGAACAACGAUGAUGGACCCUUGUCAGGCCAGAAAGCACCGAUGAGACGACCACAUCGUAUAAGCAGCCUAUUUGCUGGAUUUGAUGCCGCAAGUUCGGACGAAGCGGACGAUCUGGCUGAUGGCGAUGGCAGUGAUUCCGAAUUCCGCACUGCUCUGUCUGCUCCGCAAUCCAAGCCAGGGACACACAAACAGCGAGACUCCAACGCAACAACGUCGACAAUUGACCAGGCUCCUGCGAUAUUGAGACAAGCGCGGAAUUCCAUCAAACAGAUGGGGGGCGUCGCUGAUAUUUACGGCAGUUCCGGUGUAGGACGAGGGAGAGAUGCACAUACGCGCAAGCCUUCUGCAGGCAAGGCCAUGGCAUCCCGGGUUGGUGCAAUGCGCAAAUCAGCCAUGAUCCAAAGCGGCAUCGCAUCUCAUCAAGGGCGCUCUCGGAGCCCAAGUCUAUCAAGGAACCCACCUUUCCCUAUACCUACUAGGGCAAGCUCGCGCCAGCCUGCCUUCAAUAUCAGCAAUCCUAGCGAAGGGUCACAGAGUCCUACGCGAACGGGCGAGCCGUGGCAUCGACGAGGCAUGAGAAACGGAAUCUACCGAACUAGUAGCAUACGUAAAUCGCGUUCCGCUGCGCCAGUACCUAGAAGCUCUAGGAAUCGUAGACAGGCCAGCCGCUCACCACCACCAAUGUCGCCUUCCGAAGAAACACCAGAGAGCCCUGGACUGCCCCCUUUGCCAACCAACGACAUAACUACACCGCGACGUGAUUAUAGAGCUCCGCGGUAUCGAAGCCAUCGCUCCGUGCCAUCGACAACAACCGCUAAUACUGAGAACACGAAUCAGGAAUCUGUUGGUAGCUCUCAACCGGCUUCCACUGUUGUUGACGCCAUCGCACAGACCAUGGUCGGAGAGUGGAUGUUUAAAUAUGUUAGAAGACGGAAGUCUUUUGGAAUGGCCGACACGACAAAAGGCGAGGAAAACAGUAAUGACCGACAUAAGAGAUGGGUGUGGCUGGCACCUUAUGAGAGGGCCAUUCUGUGGAGCAGUAAGCAGCCAUCAUCUGGUAGUGCUUUGAUGGGCAAGUCGGGCCGAAAGUUGACCAUUCAAUCGGUCUUGGAUGUCAAGGACGACAAUGCCCCUCCCAAGGGAGCCGGCCACGUCUUCAACAGGUCCAUUUUGAUCUUGACACCUCAGCGGGCGCUGAAGUUUACAGCAUUAAACGCGGAAAGACACUAUCUUUGGCUUACGGCUUUGGCUUUCUUAGCUCACUCCCAGCAAGCGGUUCCUGAUAUGAUCUCGCCAGCAGCACCGCCGCCAGUAGGCCCGACAGCUUCCAAAUUGGCGCCGAGCAGCUUUGGUCCACCGCCAGCCAAGUCGCGAAAACCAAUACGGGACUCGAUCAUGCUAAAAAAGAACAAGGGUCCAGCAGCGCCACAUGGCGAUACAGUGCAUUCCAAUCGUCUCGAGGAAGCAUUCUCGUUCAAGCCGGACGACUUCAACGCCGCGCUGAGCCACCAACGUGAGCUCUCGAGAGAUGUAGCCGAACCGCCAUUCAUCCCUCGCUUUCACGAAAAGUCUUCAGAGCGAGUGCACGAGCGCGCUAACCAGGCAGUUGUACACGGGCGUAAGAGAAGCAAUACUGGCGGACGCGCUGCUCCGCCUCUAUCAUUCCGCGGCUUCUCUUCACCCAUCCAGAGUUCACAUCACAACUCAACCAAUAGCACAGCUGGAAACAGCGUGAUUACUACUGGUUCGUCCGAGGUGUACCAACCUUCCAGCAAUGGACACUCCUGGGGGCCCAUGAGCACCGUCGGCUCUCAACGGACAUCUGAAGCUUCAUCUCGGCCUGGCAACAACUUCUUCGAGGCCAUCGGCACGGUGCGCAUGGAGGCUUUCAUCAGCCCUCUGGCCUUCCCGAGCUUUGAUGAAUAUCCAGAUGAGCACGAUGAGCUUAGGUAUAGGGCCCGUAGACGUAGCAAGGAUGCUCGCCGCCGCCGCAGCCGAAGCAGGCGUCGGGAUAGCUUCAAUUCCCGAACCACACGCACAACAAAUGAUUACUAUGGAGGAAGUAGGACAGGAGGGGAGGAGGAUUAUUUCAGGGACGACCCUUUCAAGGGGUUCUGA